GGGAAGAGACCCUGAAGCAAAGAGCCCUGGACUCCCUGAAGGCUGCAGGCACCUGUCCUGGCUGCUCUUCAUCCAGGAUGCAGCAGCUCUACAGCCCCACAGAGAGCACCCAGGAUCCUGUGCCCGUCUGGAGGCAGCAGGAGGGCCGAGGGCAGACUGGAGAUAAGCCACGGCAAAAACAGCUGUAACUGGGAGAAAGGGGGAUUGAGGGAUUACGGCCAGGAGCCCAUUAAAGCUAGGGAUCAAUUUUCUCCUCCCUGGGGAGAGGAAAGUGGGGCUUCUGCCCCACAGGAACUAAUCUGCUUUUUAAUGAGGAGCUGGGAAUUUUGUUGUCAACAACCAGCAACAUGCCUGCCUAGCACUGCAGGGAUGCAGUACCAGGUUGGGAUGCCUGGAUGGGUGGUAUGCCCUGCAUCAGCAACCACCUCAGCUUCUGGAACCACCAUGUUUGCCAUUGGGAAAAGAUGACCCUAGAUCAGACAGGGCUCUGCCCAUCCUGCUAGAGGAGCAUCCUGCCUGUGCCCAGCUCAGUGCCAGCCCACAGCAGCCCCCACUCCAUUCAUUGGCCCCAUUCCCUCUGGUCCUGCAGAAGUGAACAAUACUCCUGGGAUGGGCUGGGGUUUCCUGCAUGUGCUGGAUGCCCUCGGCCAGACCCUGCUCCCCUGGCUGGGUGCUCCCAGGUUUGGCCUGCACACCCGCACUACAGAGACUGAGCAGAGUUGCUAUUUCUGUCCCCAGCAUGCAGAUGUAAAAGAUGCACCAAGUAAAGGAUUCAGGAUAAGGCUCCAAAGUGGGGUCACACCUGGGUCCUCCCCAGGGCUGGGCCUGUUCUCUGCACCAUUCGCAGUAUCGGGAGCUGCACGUGGUCAAACCACAGCUUUAGAAGCACUGAGACAUCAACAGCUUCAGACCCACCAGCCAGGGAAAAGGCUCUGCUGUGCAAUGAUGGAGCAGGCAACUCCCAGCCCCAUCUCAACAGAGCUGAUGUCCACCACUGACUUCUACCCCUGGGAGAGCGGGUACUCAGGUGAGGCCAGCAUGCUGCCUGAGCUCUGUGAGAAGCAGGAAAUACGGGCUAUUGCCCGCAUCUUCCAGCCUGUCGUGUACCUGCUGCUCUCAUUGCUGGGCAUAGUGGGGAAUGGGCUGGUGCUGCUCACACUCACCCUCUACCGCCGGGCUCACACCGUCACCGAUGUCUGCGUUCUGCACCUCGCUCUAUCUGACCUCCUGCUGCUCCUGACGCUGCCCUUCGCCGUCACCAACACUCUGGACGGCUGGUCCCCAGGCACAGCCACCUGCAAGGCGCUGCAGGGUCUCUACGCCCUCAAUUUCUACAGCGGCUUCCUCUUCCUCACCUGCAUCAGCAUGGAUCGCUAUGUGGCCAUUGUGCAGGUGCCCACCGCCUGCCGCCUGCGCCCACGAGCUCGCCGCCACGGCUGGCUGGCGGCAGGGCUGGCCUGGCUGCUGGCCAUGCUGCUAGCCCUGCCCCAGUUCAUCUACAGCCAGGCAGAGCAGCACCAGGAUAUCUGGCUCUGUCGUGUCGCCUUCCCCCGUCUGGUCUCACAGGCAGCCCGGGGGGCCACCAACCUGGUGCAGGUGGUGCUCGGCUUCACGAUGCCCUUCGUGGUGAUGGCAAUCUGCUACGCAGCUGUGGCACGAACACUGCUGGCGGCCCGCGGUGCCCAGCCCCACCGGGCGCUGCGAGUGCUGCUGGCCCUCGUGCUCGUUUUUGUGGCCCUGCAGCUGCCCCACAGCCUGAUGGUGCUGCUGGACGCGGCCGAGCUGCUGGCCAGCUGGGAGAUGAGCUGUGCCCAGAGCCGCCGCAAGGACCUGGCACUGCUGGUCACCGGCGGGCUGGCGUACCUGCGCUGCUGCCUCAACCCCGUGCUCUACGUCUUCCUUGGCCAGCGCUUCCGCCGGGAGCUGUGGCAGCUCGCCAGCGACGCCGGCUGUGUUGGGUCUCCCAACCCGCGCCGCUCCGGCAGCCCCAGUCCGCGCCGCCGGACAUCGCUCUCCUCCUACGUGGUGUAGGAGCGCGGUGCCCGCGGCCGGGGUUCGGUCCCUCCGCGACUCCCCGGGGACAGCCCCGUCCGUGCACCGACCUGCCCCAGUGAGCAGCUGGGCACGGGCAGCACCAGACAACCCGCACAGCGCCUGCAACGCCUGGGACGCGGGAAGAGCAGCCCCGCAGCGCCUGCAAUGCCCCGCGAGUGCCUUUACUGCCCGACGACCCGCCGGGCUGCGGUCCCCGCAAUGUCACGCGUUUUUCAGGAGAACCCUGCAAUGUCACGCGUAUUUCAGGAAAACCCUGCAAUGUCAUACGCUUCGAGGGCUAUGCAAUAAAUGUAUCACAUGCUGUGGAGG